AAGCCUUUCAUCAUCUCCAUCUCACCGACUGUCAACCACAGACCUCGUUCCCCGCCUCUGUAGAUGGACUGCAAAGAUAACAGGAAUCUCCCCUCUCAUUUUCCAUCUGGGUAUCAGUGCAGAGAUCUGGUGUGAUCGGAUCUCAGGGCCACAGAUCAUCAUAAAUACACAUGAGCCCAGAGCAGCCUCACACACAGGAGCUGGACGGGACCAGACCAACACCAUGAAGCUGAGACUCUGCACUCUCCUGGUGUGUUGCAGUGUAUUGUGGGUGGCCAUGUCCUCCUCCUCCACGGAUAAGACGUCUCCUUCUGUUGCUGCUCCUCCUGGAUGUGACUCCAUGUUGGCAUUCUCCUCGGGCGUCUCCUCCUGGUCUGAAGGAAACGGGAACAUCUACAGCAGAUCUCUGUCCCCAUGGAGCUGGAGGUCGUCCACAGUGAAGAACCGGAUCCCCGCAACCCUCUGGGAGGCCAAGUGCAAGAACAGCUCUUGCUCCAGACCGAACCCCAGUCACUGGGAUGGAUACAACCUGAACUCUGUCCCUGUCUACCAGAACAUUCUGGUCCUGACCCGGCAGGAUGGGGGGCACUGCUACAACGCGUCGUACCUCUCUGUGGCUGUCGGCUGCACCUGCAUCAGGGCCAAAACCAACCAAGACUGA